UCGAAGUUCCGUAUGUGUGACAGACCUGUCGCUUUGAUUCCCCAUCUCAGCUUCGACAUCCGUUAGAUUAUGGCUGCUGGGUUGGAUUGGGAAACAUGAACAACGACCAAUUUCGCAGGCUGGUGAACACCAACCCAGGCGGAACGCCAACCAACUCCUCCAAUGCCACAUCUUCUAGCGCAAAGCCCACUGUGGCUGCCGCCCUGGGUUCGAGGCUGAAGUCGAGCAUCCCCAUGACCCCGCGAUCGCUGGGUGUGAACACCCAAAACCUCUUUGCCAAACAGCUCGCGGAGCGCGAUCAGGCCGAGCAUCAACAAAAGCGACUCCGAACUUCGGCGCCGAAAGGGAGCAGGCUCGCCCAGGGAUACGUCGACAGGGCCAAAAUCAGGCAGGAGCAGGAGGAAGCAGAGGCCCACGCCGCGAAGCUACGAGCCAUUCAGCAGUCCUUUGAGAGUGGCGAGAUCGAUGAGGACACGUACAAGAGGAUAAGAGAUGAGGUGGGCGAGGCAAAUCUGCCAAGCAGCGUCACCUCCAAGGGCCUCGACUUUGAGCUACUGGCCAAGGCACGCAAGGGCGAGGUUGAGCCCGAAGAGGAAUCGCUGGAGGACAGCCCAAAGGACGAUGCGACACAAGAUACAGCUGUCGCCGCCGCCGACGUCGAUGAUGCUUUUGAGCGACUAGAAGGGGCGGAGGUGCAGGCAGUCACAAGGGAAAAGACGCAAAAGAAGGGCCAGCUUGCUACCAAGCCGGUUGGGCCAAGUGGGAGACGCACACGGGACCAACUUCUCGCCGAGCUGAAAGCGUCGAGAGAAGCUGCCAAGGCCAAGGAGAAAUCCGCAUUAGGCACCAAGUUCAAGAAGAUUGGAACACAAAAGACCCCUGGCACGAGGAUAGAGCGGGACAGCAAAGGCAGGGAGGUCAUGAUCAUCGUUGAUGAGGACGGCCACGAGAAGCGCAAGGUCCGGAAGAUGGCCAAGGACGAUGCACCUGCGGAAACCCUCGACGUGGUCCCCGUAAAGAAAACCGAGGUACUGGGGAUGGAAGUUCCCGAAUUUUACAGGAAAAAGCAGGAGGAGCAGGAGGCCAAGAAGCAGGAGGAGGACGAUGAUGACAUUUUUGCGGAUGUCGGGGAGUACAACCCGCUUGCCGGAAUGGACUCUAGCUCGGAUGAUGACAGCUCUGAAGAGGAAGGAGAGGCUGCCUCCGACGAGGGGAGCUCGAAAAAGAGAGGUAUUGAGGAUAUCUCUGGAGAUGGGACAGAUGGGGACAACAAAGCAUCUGGGUCUGCACCAGUGCCCAAGGGGCCAGAGGCACCAGCAGCAGCACCCAAAAACUACUUCCAGCACUCCAAGACUGGUCUGGUCUCGGAGGAGUCUCGGAAGAUCACAGCAGCCAGCGACCCCGCAGUCCUGGCCGCUCUACGGAAGGCCAAGGCUCUCAACGCCGAGGCCAAGUCGGAGGAGGAGCAACAGGCGGCCGAGAGGGAGGCACGCCUAAAGAAGAUGUUGCAGGAUAGCAACAGGGAUGCAGAGGACCUGGAUAUGGGCUUUGGGACCAACAGGCUGGAGGACGAAGCCGAAAUGGAGGAGCGAGACGUCAAGCUAGCUGUCUGGGGCGAUGAAGGCGACGAAGGGCAAGGUGGCGGCGGUAAGGCGAAGAGGAAACGCGGGGGUAAGAAGCGCAAGGGGGAUGCCAAUAGCGCGGCCGAUGUAUUGCAGGUCCUAGAGCGUCGGAAGGGUGCAGACUCGUAAUCAUGAUGGGUAUCUAGGUACCUCUGCCUGUCUUCCAAAGGUCGUUUGUCUUGGCUGUGCGUGACGGCCUGACUGGAUUCAGGGGCACAAUGAUUGGGCUGUCAGGGGAAUGCGUGACCCUAACCCUUUCAAAGUGGGCACCGCAGACCACACGUCACAGUGGACGUCACACGUCACCAACACCCG